AUUUUAACCUAAACAAUCUUAAAUAGUCAAAAGUCAGUACCCGUCCUAAUAAUUGUAAAAACAUUUUAUUCUAUAUAAUGUUUAAGUUAUCCCAAUUUGCAAUUUUCUUUUUCGGCUAUGUGUUGUUCCUUUGCAUAGGCGCAUCGAUAUUUAUGGCUUUAGAAGCAGAAGUUGAGGCACAACGAUUAUUUAAUCUGCAAAAUCUAAGAGAAGACUUUCUUCGUACAUAUCCGUGUGUAAAAUAUGAAGAUUUCCAUAAAGUCAUUUACGCAUAUGAACAGGAGAGCAGAAAAGGAGCUUUCGGAUCGAACAACUUAACUAGCUGGGAUUUUCAUCAGAGUCUACUAUUUGUAGUGGCUCUUGUGACCACAAUUGGAUAUGGACAAAUUGCUCCCGAGAGUGAAAGUGGCAAAAUAUUUAGUAUACUUUUUUCUUUAAUAGGAAUACCUCUUACAUUAAGUGUGAUUUCUGGCAUUGUAGACCGGCUAUCGGUGCCUACAAAAAACUUGCUCUAUUGGUUAAAUUCAAAGCUCCACAGACGAUAUAAGGCAUUUCAAAUUAGGCUGCUGCACCUUAUUAUUGUUAUGUUUGUUGUUACAAUAUUUUUUAUUAUUAUACCUUCUUUCAUUUUCAACUACUUUGAGGCAGAUUGGAAUCUUUUAGAUUCCAUUUAUUACUGCUACAUGUCUUUAACUACUGUAGGUUUUGGAGAUUAUACUCCUGGGGAUUCAUUACCAUUUAGACAGUCUUCUCCUAUGUAUCAAAUAACCUACCAACUUUGCACCAUUGUAUAUCUAUUCAUAGGAAUAACGAUUAUGAUGUUAGCUCUCACAGUUUUUUAUGACAUUCCUCAGUUAAACUUGGGACAGCUUUAUACUUUUGAAGGUACAGAAUAUCCAGUUCAUAUGCAGGAAAGUCACAUUAUGGGAUCAAUCGAUUUAGAUGAUUCUGAGCCAGACAGCAUUAAUGUCCAUAAAAGGAAAGUUACGAUAAUGGAGAAUAUUAAGGAAGAUCCUGAAUAAAUCAUAGGUUUAAGUAAACUUUUAAUAAAGCAUAUAUUAUUCUAAAAUAAGCAGCUUUCAUUUAUUU